UCGAAAACCGGAAAUAAAUUAGAACGAGGCAACAAACGUACUAAAAGUAAAAAAAAUAAAGCAGACAUGUCGAGGUAUUCACGUCCCCCAAACACCUCUUUGUAUGUAAGAAAUGUUCCCGACCAAACAAGGCCAGAAGAAUUGAGAUCAUUAUUUGGAAAAUAUGGACCUUUGUCAGAUGUUUAUGUUCCUGUUGACUACUAUACCAAACGAGCCAGAGGAUUUGCGUACAUACAGUUCGAAGAUCCCCGAGAUGCAGAUGAUGCCCUAUAUCACCUUGACAGAUCAAGGUUCUACGGACGGGAGCUGGAAAUCGAAUUUGCCAGAGGAGACAGGAAGACCCCAAAUCAGAUGAGAACUAAAGAGCGCCCAAGCAGGAGGUCUCCACACAGAGGACGUUAUGAUGAUAGGCGUAGCCACCGGUCUCACAGCAGAAGCCCAAGGAGAAGGUCAAGAUCCAGGAGUGGUGAAAAAAGAUACAGAUCUAGAUCUAGGAGUAACGAUUAUGAUCGUAGGAGCAGAAGAUCCCGCUCCAAGAGUUAUGAGAGAAGACGUUCCCGAAGCCGAGGUCGCCGUUCGUACACCCGAUCCCGGUCCCCCUCCCCAAGGGGGGCAAGGUCGUACAGUCGAUCAAGGUCAGGAUCACCACCACCGAGAGCAGCAGAGAGGGGGCCUAGAAGUCGCACAAGAACCCCAGACAGAGAUUAAAGAUGUUACGAACGGAAAUAGUAUUAGAACCACUUAAACUUGCACAGAAUUCUUACUGUUGACACGUGAUUGAUUGAUCAAAUGUGACAGUUUAAGUUAUGCUUUAUACUGAAAGUACAGUUUAUUUUACUUGUUAUACAUUAUGAACAAAACGUGUACAUGCUCUGGUUGAUGGAUAUGAACAAACAAUGUACAUGCAAUAGUUGAUGGAUAUCUCAAUAUGAAUAAAAAUGUGUACUUGAUAUGGUUGAUGGAUAUCUUUAUAUGAACAAAAUGUGUUCAUGCUAGCAUGGUUGAUGGCUGUCUCAUUAUGAAGAUGUGUACAUUGUAUGGUUGAUGGAUAUCUUGUUAUGAACAAAAUGUGUACCCAUACAUGCUCUGGUUGAUGGCUAUCUCAAUAUGUACUUAAUAUGUACAGGCUCUGGUUGAUGGAUAUAUCAAUAUGAGUAAAGAUGUGUACAUUGUAUGGUUGAUGGAUAUCUUAUUAUGAACAAAAUGUGUACCGGUACAUGCUCUGGUUGAUAGAUAUCUUGUUAUGAACAAAAUGUGUACAUGCUUUGGUUGAUGGAUGUCAGUUUUAGCUUCCAAAUUACAGGGAUGAUAUAGUCUGUAUUAAUCCUGAAAUCAGGCUUCAGAACUUUUAAUUUUAGACUUUAUUUCUUUCUACAUUUGUAAAGUGUUGUUUUGAGCUGGACAUGUUAACAUUAAAGCAUAAGGUAUCCUGAAAUAGAUGUGAAUUGCUCUGGAAAAAAAUAAUAAGAGUGAUCUUAGCCCAUUAUUCUAGCUCUAGUCUGAAUCAUUAGUAAUCCAACUCAAUCUUUUGGAUUGGGAUUUUCAGCCUGUUAUUAUCCCCGAUAUUGAAAUAAACUUGUCGAGAUGUUUGUUUCUGCUCCCGCACAUAAAAUGCAUGUUCGUUUCCGAAGCAUACUUCAUAGUUUUGUGUUUUAAGUGAAAUCUUAGCUUGAUUGGCAAGAUCAUUGCCAAUUGUAAUAGCACUAAUAGCAAGCUAGGAUCGGUAAAAAAAAUCCUGAUUAUUUGCUUUUACUUUUUUGUCGUAGAUGAGAGAUUGCCCUUGCAAAGACAUUGUUUUAUUUUUGUGUGUGUUUUAAAUAAACAAAGAACUGUUUUAUGUACAAAUUUGUUUUCAUUUAUCUACAUGUAACAAAUUUAAUAAUCACUUCUUCAUUCAUUGUGUUAUAACAUUCAAAUUGUCACAAUAAACAUAUAAAAAAACUUUA